AUGGAUCAGAUAUCGCUUAAUCAUGAGGCUUCUGCUGGCGAUACCCAUAAGCAAUUAGUCUCGUCGCUACCUCCUGAGGUUGUACAAUGUCUUGAGAACGCCCGUUUCCUUCACCUGGCGACAUGUAUCGAUAACCAGCCGCACGUAUCCCUCAUGAAUUAUACAUAUAUCCCGUCGUCGCAGUACUCCUCCGCGCCCGUCAUCGUCAUGACCACGAACCCCUCAUCCAAGAAGACCAACAACUUAGUCGUUAACCCGAAUGUCUCGCUACUGGUGCACGACUGGGUAUCGCACAGACCGCCGACCCAAGGCCGCCGGAUGUCAGGCGGAUCGCCCGGCCCGGAACACCGAUCGAGUCUAGCCUCGCUCCUCCUCAACCUGAAUACCAGCGCUAUAUCCAGUAUCAGCGCGACUAUAAACGGUACUGCACAGCUAGUUGCCCGUGGAUCCGACGAGGAACGAUUCUAUCGCAGCCAACAUCUCGAGAAUAAUACGUUUGACUCUGAGGGCGGUACUGUGCCGUUUGAUGGCGGGUUUGGUGCGAAUGGUGGGGCUGGUGGGCAACAACAGGAUGGUGGAAGGGAGUGCUUUGUUGCGGGGGAAGAGGUAAGGGUUAUUCUGGUGCAUAUCAAGGAUAUACGGACGAGUGAUUGGAAGGGUAGUGUGAAGGAUUGGGUUUUGGUGCCGGAAGGUGGCCCUGCUGCUGUGAACGGCAUCAGGUGA